AUGGACCCCGCAAAACUGGCAAAACUGCAGGCCGCUGCCGCUGCUAAUAGGAUUGGUGGAAAGGGAACCGUGCGCCGAAAAAUCGUGCGGAAAACUAAGCCCUCUGCGGCACAGGACGACAAAAAGCUCCAGGGCGCACUCAAGAAGCUGAACGUGCAGCCAAUCGCUGGAGUCGAGGAGGUCAACAUGUUCAGGGAGGACGGGAAUGUGCUUCAUUUCACGGCACCAAAAGUGCAUGCCGCUGUAUCAACGAACACCUUUGCCAUCUACGGUGCCGGGCAACUGAAGGAGCUCACAGAGCUUGUGCCCGGCAUUCUCAACCAACUCGGUCCUGACUCGUUGGCGUCGCUGCGUAAGCUCGCAGAGUCGUACCAGGCCAUCCAACAAGGCCAGCAGAGGCCGGGUGUAUCGGCGGAGGACGAUGACGACGAUGACGUCCCUGACCUCGUGGAGAACUUCGACGUUGAGGGCGACGCGAAGGCGCCUGCCCUUGAUUAG